CUCUGAUAUGCGUGUAAAAUACGAGUUACAGCGAAUAUACCCGAAAGGUCUAGGCCCCGUGCCUAGGACUAGUACAUUUUUGGGCAUACUAGUAAACUUCCAAUCCCCAGCAGAGACACUCAGUAUCAACUUGGAGACCAUCUCCACACUCCACAUUGGAACUUCUACUCCCACACAUAUUGUAUGAAUUAAGUUUUCACGUCAUGACUCUCACCGAAGUCCAUUUGCGACCGGCAGUGUCGCAAGACCUUCCAGCCAUCGCGGAAGUCGCCGCACAGUCCAUGUUGGACGACGAGCUUUUUGCCUUUCUUUGCCCUCGGCGUAGGGAAUAUUACUCGGACUAUCGUCAAAGUUUUCUGCGACGGCUACGGGCGAAGUUGACAUCGCCCGGGUGGGUGGUCAUCGUUGCGGUAGCUGAACGCUCAAUGGAUGCAGACUCAUGUCCUAUCCUUGGCUAUUGUGUCUGGGAGCGUAUCGGGGACACAGCGGAAGAGUCCACCAAACAGUGGAAGGAGACCUCGAAUAGUGGUUGGUGGGCUCGCGUACAGGAACUGCUUGGAAAUGCGAGCGAACAUUUCGUGACUCGACUGUACCCUGACCGAAGCGUAGAUGUAUCUCGUUUGGCUCGGUACAAUGCUUUAACCAUUGAAUGUUUUCCGUACGACGACUUUCCCGAGCUUUGGUUCCUGUCCACACUGGCGGUUCACCCGGCGUACCAGCGACAGGGGAUCGGUCGUAGGCUCGUUGAAUGGGGCCUCGAACAUGCCACGUGGGACGGAACCCCUGUUGGUCUCGAAGCUAGUGCCAAAGGAACCUCUCUAUACCAGUCCCUUGGGUUUCAGGUAGUCAAUGAAGUGCCAUUGGUGGAGGGGGUUGCCCUGACAGCGAUGCUGUGGCGACCUUCUCGGGUGGCGCACCCUUGAUGACAAUACAAUAUCCACCAUGAUGUAUAACCUUUGAUGUGGGCUUUUCUGGAUUUCAUGGUGUCCAUGCAUGGCAUUUCUGCUUUGAACUAAGAAUUAUAGAGUGGAAUGCAUUUUUUGUCGGCUCCCUUUUACUUAUCAUUUCUUGGUUUGCAAUCAACACGGGAGUUGCGGUCGUGUUUACUCGCGAGGCCUUAGGCGUCUUUGCUGAAGCCGGAAUAUUCAAUCAUUGACCAAAAAUUCAAGGGAUAACGCCAAUGGCCAGUGACAUGCUUCAGUG